UAGAACCGCAUGACAUCAUGCUACUGAAGUUACCUGAAUCUGCCAAGACAACGAUUGAUCCGGUGAAUCCUCCUGACUGUUUAACUACACCUGGGUCACCUGGGCCUUCACAAGCCAAACAGAGAAAAACAGAGGACAGUGGGAAGACAUCUAAUCUAAAACUGGGUGAUACAGUUCAGAUCGCAGGUUAUGGUGGCACCCAAACUGAUUCUGAUGGUAUGAAAGUAAGUGGUGAAUCAGACACUCUGAAGUGUGCGAGGUUUGAAGUUAUGAGCUGUGAUAAGGUAACAGAACUAUUAACUUAUAAAACGUGUAAAGAUGAGUUUGAAGAAAGAAGGAAAAAAGAGCACUUCUUCUGUACUAAAAGGGACACAGUGGAUGCCAGUGAAGGUGAUUCUGGGGAAGGUGUGGUGUUUGAUGGGGACCAGCUGUAUGGUGUUCAUAUAGAAAGCGGUGGAAAAGCAUGCAGUUUACCAGGCGUUGUCAUGGAUGUCUGCGAGUACAAACGUUGGAUUUGGAAAAUCACUGGCAUUAAGACCUGGGAGACCAAGUCUUGAAAGUUGAUUUAAUUAACAGUAAAAAGCUGAUCACUGUAUCCUAAUAAACCAUAAAGAGAUUUUAGAUCUCCGUACAUUAACUCAAACUUAACUAGGACACAGUAUAUUCACUGAUGUAUGAACUAAAUAUGCAUUGUUGAGGCAAUUAAAGCAGGUCUACUCUAUUCUACUUUUUGUGUCUAUUGUACUGUUUACAUUGACAUACGGUAUAGAGGGGACAGAAGAGGAGAAAAGAGUUCCAUUAACAACACAAAUCAGGUUAGACAGAUUUUACUGUUAAGCUCUUAGUAAGGAGAAGAAGGAAUCGUUGCUGGAUUUUGGAUUUCCCAUUGAUUCUUAUAAGAGCUGUCAGACUUCAGUUGAGAUCAAUCUAGUCAAUUGAAAUCUAGUUUUUAAGUGGCAGUACUACUAUACUUGAAUGCUCAAACUGUCAGUCUCAUGUGGCUUUGUUACUCCAAAGACUAUCUGUCAUCUUUGGAAUUUAAGUUCCAUUUUUAUGUGCACUUCUUUGAAACUCCUGUGUGUCUUUCUAAGCAGGCCACAGCCUCUCCCCUCUCUC